AUGGGAAAUAAACCUUUAACGAAACUUCGGCCAACAGAAUUAAAUGAUUUUCGUCGAUUAACAACAUUUACCGAAGCUGAAAUUCAAGAAUGGCAUAAAUGUUUCCAUAAAGAUUGUCCCAGUGGACAAUUAACUUCGGAUGAAUUUAAAAAGAUUUAUGCACAGUUUUUUCCUGCAGGUGAUUCGUCUGUUUUUGCUGAACAUGUUUUUCGACGUUUUGAUACUGAUCGUGAUAAAAAAAUCUCGUUUCGAGAAUUUCUUAUUGCAUUAAGUGUUACAGCAAAAGGUAGUUUAGAAGAAAAAUUAGAUUGGGCAUUUGGACUUUAUGAUACAAAUGGUGAUGGUUAUAUAUCAAGAGAAGAAAUGCUUGUUAUUAUUGAUUCGAUUUAUAAAAUGGUUGGUUCUGUUAUGCAAAUGCCCGAAGAUGAAUCAACACCAGAAAAAAGAACAAAUAAAAUUUUUCGAUCAUUUGAUAAUGAUCAUGAUGGAAGAUUAUCUCGUGUUGAAUUUAUUCGAGGUGCCAAAUCCGAUCCGUCCAUUGUUAAUUUAUUACAUGGUGAUAGAAUUUCAACUGUUCACAAUCCAUCAUCAGACAAUACUCCAUCAUCAUCAGUAGCUCGUCUUCGUACUUAA